GGCUUGGGCUGGCCUAUGUGCUCUGUAUAUAUGUGGCGAAUAUCUUCUUGACCCUCAUCCUGUGCCUCUUGGGCGACAAGACAACCUUCUUUUACGUUGCGUUGUGCAUUAUGCCGAUACCGCUCAUCCAACAACUCUAUAGUGCCAUGUUUUACAUCAAACAUCUACCUCGACGUAUACAAAUGGCGUUCUUUUACCACAAAACAAGUGAUAUAUAUGACCAGCACGUGCGAGAGAAGCCUUGUGUUCGCAUCUUGGAUAGGAUAGCAAGCCAGUGGCACCGGAUUGUCACAUUCUUGGCCACCGCCCUCGCUUUCGGUCUCGUACUGUAUGCGUUUCUUUCGGAUCAGUGGGUGGAAGUAGAGGGAUCGCUGGUGUACGACUACGUUUCUAUUGGCUUGUAUAAAGUCACGAUGGGAUUAGCGGGAUACCAUGUCACCGUACCCACGGACGCUUACAAAUACAAUGCGCAGGGGGUGGAAGCCAACAAGUACUAUAGUAGCGCCGACGUCUCGGGCCUGUUUGGGCUCAACCUACUGUACGACUUCCCGUCAUCCACUUUAGGGCUCCUCGCGUGGUUGCAGUUUCUGGUCCUCGCUUCUGUGGGCAUCGUACUGCUCACCAUGACGUACAUGUGGCUAUUUCACCAGUCCGUUGAGACGCGCACCGACCUUGUGGCGGGAUUGUACCUGGCUGCCUCGUUUGUACUGACGCUGGUUAUCGUUUUGGUGUAUCCCCUGUCUAUUAGCCAAUUGCACGUCCCUUCAGAACGUGAAAUGACCGUGCACAUGUGUGGUGCGGAUGCAGGCCCCUACAACCCGGGAAACUGUUCGUUGGGAAUCGGGUACUGGGUUGUGGUGGGCUCUCUGGUCCCGUUGCUCGUGGGUUGUGUCGCGAGCAAUCAAAUGACGUUAUCGCCGUACUGGUUGCAGAAGAAAGCAGCGGUGAGAGAGGCUAAGCAGAAAGAGAAGAAUAAUGGAAAAGUAUAAAUAUUACAGCGUGAACAAAGAGGGAAAUACAAAAUGAGGUGCGGUUUCGGUAUCUUAAAACAAAUCUGUAGUUCCGUGU